AUGAAAGAAUAAUAAAAAUAAUAAAAUGGUUCCAGAAUGGCCCUGUUCGGCUGUUCUGUUAAAUGCGAUGGCAGAGACCUUCAGAUCAAUUCAGUAGCUACAAAUCUUUCUCCUAAACUACUUUUUUUCUUUUUUUACUUCUUUUCUCUCUAACCCUUUCUUCCUUUUCUUCUUUCUUGUGGAAGAAGAUAAAGAGCUGUAAUAGGCUGCCAUUUUUGCAACCUUUUUCAUUCUUUCUUCUUUGCUCUGUUUCUGUUGAUUUUUCUGAGAAAUGGGAAUUUGUCCUGGUAUGGAGAUGCUUCAGAAGCUGCUGGAGGCGUUUUUCUCUGGCAUUCUGUUGAAGUUCGGCUACGGCGGUGGCGGCGACGGUGACCAGAAGAGAAUUCGAGGCACGGUGGUUAUUAUGAAAAAGUGUGUCCUUGACUUCAAAGAUGUUAAGGCUUCGAUUCUCGAUCGAGUUCAUGAAUUCUUCGGAAAAGGCGUCACCAUUCAACUCAUCAGCUCGAAUCCUCCCCAGUCAGAUGGAUUAGAAACGGCGAUAGUAGGGAAGGCGGCAAAUUUGGAGCAGUGGAUAUCGACGGUGAAGCCGUCAUUGACGGCGGACGAGAUUGAGUUGACAGUUCUCUUUGAAUGGGAAGAGAGAAUGGGAGUACCAGGAGCUUUUAUCAUUAGAAACCAUCAUCCUAACCAAUUUUACUUGAAGACAGUAACAUUGCAUGAUGUUCCUGGCUAUGGCUCUGUUCAUUUUGUUUGCAACUCUUGGGUUUAUCCUGCUCAUCGCUAUACUUACGACCGUGUCUUUUUCUCCAACAAGAGUUAUCUUCCAAAUGAAACACCCGAGUCAUUACGGAAGUAUAGAGAAGAAGAACUUGUUAACCUUCGUGGAAAUGGCAAUGGUGAGCUUAAGGAGUGGGAUAGAGUUUACGACUACGCUUGCUACAAUGAUCUUGGAAUGCCAAACUCGGGCAAAAAGUAUGUCCGCACCAUUCUUGGUGGCUCAAAGGAGUUUCCUUAUCCUCGAAGAGGGCGUACCAGUCGCAAACCAGCAAAAGCAGAUCCAUCCUGUGAAUGCAGGUUGCCUUUAUUGAGUUUAGAUAUUUACGUGCCAAGAGACGAGCGGUUUCGGAACUUGAAAUUAUCAGAUUUUCUAGCUUAUGGUGUGAAGUCAAUUGUUCAGACAUUACUCCCAGAGAUCAAAUCUUUAUGUGAUAAAACUAUUAAUGAGUUUGAUUCCUUUCAAGAUGUUCUGGAUCUUUAUGAAGGAGGAAUGACACUACCAACUGAAGUAUUAGGCACCCUAAGGGAACUAGUUCCUUGGCAGUUGUUUAGGGAACUGAUGCGUUCCGAUGGCCGUCAAUUUCUGAAGUUUCCAGUGCCUGAUGUCAUAAAAGAGAGCAAAACAGCUUGGAGGACAGAUGAAGAGUUCGGACGAGAAAUGCUUGCUGGAGUGAACCCGGUUAUCAUUCGUCGACUCGAAGAGUUCCCUCCAGCCAGCAAGUUGGAUCCUAAAACAUAUGGAAACCAGAACAGUUCCAUAACAGCAGAACACAUAGCAGAACACUUGAAUGGGCUCACUAUUGAUCAGGCUUUGGAAAUGAACAAGUUGUUCAUUCUAGAUCAUCAUGAUUCACUGAUGCCAUACAUCAGUAGAAUAAACUCAACAUCCACAAAGACGUACGCUACCAGAACACUCCUCCUUCUGCAGGACAAUGGCAUCUUGAAGCCAUUAGCAAUUGAACUAAGUCUACCCCACCCCCAAGGUUAUCAUCAUGGAGCAGUCAGCAAAAUUUUCACUCCAGCAGAACACGGCGUCGAGGGAUCUGUUUGGCAGUUGGCUAAAGCUUAUGUCGCCGUGAAUGAUUCCGGAUAUCACCAGUUGAUUAGCCAUUGGUUGAACACUCAUGCUGUGAUAGAGCCAUUCAUCAUUGCAACAAACAGACAAUUAAGUGUUGUGCAUCCAAUCUAUAAGCUUCUUCAUCCACACUUCAGAGACACAAUGAACAUUAAUGCCAUGGCUAGACAAGUUCUCAUCAAUGCUGGUGGAAUUCUUGAAACCACUGUCUUUCCAGGAAAAUACGCCUUAGAAAUGUCAGCUGUUCUUUAUAAGAACUGGGUUUUCACAGAUCAAGCACUCCCAACUGAUCUAAUCAAGAGAGGAGUAGCAAUUCCUGAUCCGAGUAGCCCCCAUGGCCUCAAGCUUCUAAUAGAGGAUUACCCUUAUGCCGUCGAUGGACUCGAAAUCUGGUCUGCAAUUGAGAAAUGGGUCAGAGAUUAUUCUUCAUUCUAUUACAAAUCAGAUGAAAUGGUUGAAGAAGACACAGAAAUUCAAUCAUGGUGGACAGAGCUUCGCACUGUUGGCCAUGGGGAUUUGAAAGACGAACCAUGGUGGCCUAAAAUGAACACAAGGGAAGACUUAAUCCAAUCAUGCACCAUCAUCAUUUGGAUAGCAUCAGCCCUCCACGCCGCUGUGAACUUCGGGCAAUACCCUUAUGCUGGGUACCUCCCGAACCGGCCGACAGUGAGCCGGCGGUUCAUGCCGGAACCAGGGACGCCGGAGUUUAAAGAGCUGGAGACGGACCCAGAUUUAGCCUACUUGAAGACGAUCACGGCUCAACUACAAACGAUAUUGGGAGUAUCGCUGAUUGAGAGCUUAUCUCGACAUUCGGUGGAUGAGAUUUAUCUAGGGCAAAGAGAUACGGCGGAUUGGACUAAGGAUGAAGAAGCAGUAGCGGCGUUUGAGAGAUUUGGGGAUCGGCUGAGAGAGAUUGAAGAGAAGAUUAUGAGGAUGAACAAUGACGAGAAAUGGAGGAAUCGAGUUGGGCCUGUGAAAAUGCCUUAUACAUUUCUGUUCCCUAAUACCUCCAAUCACUAUGAAGAAGAAGGCCUCAAUGUUAGAGGGAUCCCAAAUAGCAUUUCCAUUUGAGAAAACUUUAUUAUUAUUAUUAUUAUUAUUAUUAUUAUUAUUAUUAUUAUUAUUAUUAUUAUUAUUAUUUGAGAU